AUGAAAGCAGGAAAUGAUACACAAAUUUCAGAAUUCCUUCUUCUGGGAUUUUCAGAGGAACCAGAAUUGCAGCCCUUCCUCUUUGGGCUGUUCCUUUCCAUGUACCUGGUCACUGUGCUCGGGAACCUGCUCAUCAUCCUGGCCACAAUCUCAGACUCCCACCUCCACACUCCCAUGUACUUCUUCCUCUCCAACCUGUCCUUUGUAGACAUCUGUUUUGUGUCUACCACUGUCCCGAAGAUGCUGGUAAAUAUCCAGACACACAGCAAAGUCAUCACCUUUGCAGGCUGCAUCACCCAGAUAGGCCAUUGCCUACUCUUUGCAGCAUUGGACAUCUUUAUGCUGACUGUGAUGGCCUAUGACCGGUAUGUGGCCAUCUGUCACCCCCUGCACUACACAGUCACCAUUAACCCCAGACUGUGUGGACUGCUGGUUCUGGCAUCCUGGAUCCUGAGUGCCCUGAAUUCCUCAUUACAAACCUUAAUAGUGCUGCGGCUUUCCUUCUGCACAGACUUGGAAAUCCCCCACUUUUUCUGCGAACUUAAUCAGGUCAUACAUCUUGCCUGUUAUGACACUUUCCUUAAUGAUGUGGUGAUGUAUUUGGCAGCUAUGCUGCUGGGCGGUGGUCCCCUCACAGGAAUUAUUUACUCUUACUCUAAGAUAGUUUCCUCCAUACGUGCAAUCUCAUCAGCUCAGGGGAAGUACAAGGCGUUUUCCACCUGUGCAUCUCACAUCUUAAUUGUCUCCUUAUUUUAUGGUACACUCCUAGGUGUGUACCUUAGUUCUGCUGCAACUGGCAACUCACAUUCAAGUGCUGCAGCCUUGGUGAUGUACACUGUGGUCACCCCCAUGCUGAACCCCUUCAUCUACAGCCUGAGGAAUAAAGACAUAAAGGGGGCUCUGACACAAUUCUUCAGAAGGAAACAAUAA